CUAGUCCAUCCAAAACCAGUUGCCGCUGGAUUUGAGGAUUGUCGUUACUGCUGUUUAUUUAGUGAAUUAAUUUUUUAAACUAUUAACUAUCCCUCUAACAAUGGCUCCUGUUACCCUUCAAAUGUAUCUGCAAGAUAUUACUAAUUGUAUCAAUAAUCGAAACGGUAGAGGAUUGAGUGUAAGUUUUUAAAACGGGAAUUUAUUAUUUUAUGCACAUGUAAACUAGCACUACCUUAUGUGUAGUGAUCCUCAUGUAUAUAAUUCUCGUCUAGCAGUGCCAGACCCAGAAAAUAUUGCUGUGUCGUACCUUGUAUCACCUUGGGAUGAGAUAGUUUCUGCUCAUGUGAGAUGUAUAUGGGCAAUGCGUAACCGUGAUUUCGAAGAAGCCUAUGCUUGUCAAAUAGUAUUAGUAAAAUAUCCUUUAAAAAUUAUUUAUCAACCUGUAGCUUAACAAUCUUGAUAACUAAACUCAGACCAGUAGAUCGCAACCUCAAAUCCUAUUUAUUAUACUCUUUUGAAUAUCUAGGAUCUAAUGAGAUAAAUGCCUAGCUGAUAAUCUAUUUCACUAAGCUACGUGUGUUUAGCAAGUUUCAACUUUUUUCGUACUUAAUUCUAUCGUAUACAUGACAGAUGUUUACACUCAAUGCGCACCAAUCCUUGGGUUGUGUUAUAAUUCAAUGAGAACUGUGGAAGCUGAGCUCAUUGAUUUGAGUAUUUGGCCUUUAACCAGUCAAUCUUCUGCUUGCAAUAAAAUUCACUCAAUGAAGUUUAGGUAGGGUAGUUUUGUCACCACCUCUCGUGUAUUUAUUCCAUAGUCUAUUGUAUUUAUCUUUGAAUGUCUUAGAAGUGAUUCCUAACAAAAUAGCUUCACAUGUUUGGCGAAUGAUAUGAGCAAGCUUAUUUAUUCUUUUUAUGAGUAAGUGAUUAAUCUUCCAACACUGAAUAUGUGCAAUUAUUAUUUAAACUCUUAUGUUUCUACUUCUACACUCAGUGUGGUUCUUCAGUGUAUUUCGUCCAGAUUAUUUCUUGUUUCUAAUUACGUAAGAAGGAUUUGAAGUGGAUCUGUUUGGGCCCGAGAGAAAGUGCAAUUCAGUGGCCUGAGACGUUAUCAAACAUGGCUCAGAAUAGAAAUCAGUGUCGAUCAUGCUGUAAUUUUUUACUGUUUUUCCAAAAUGAAAGAAACUUCCGCAAUUAAAAGGGCUCUUUCCGGUUGCAUUUUUAUUAACGAAACUGGUUUUCGCACUAUAUACCACUCUCGUUGACUUAUUUUUAUCCAUUUAAAAAAAAUAAUACUCACCCUUCUUCCUCUGUCUCUUCAGAAUCUUAUUUUCUUAUUAUAUGAUCCAUAUUUAUUCCGGUGUUUAUCUGCACCAAUAUUUACCUAUUUAAACAAAUCAGUGUGAUAAGCAAUCAUGGACAAAGGAAAAUACAGCAACAUGAUUGUUUCAUUUUUACUGUGUGAAAUACGAUUGGGAAAUUAUGUUAAUUAUUCCUCUCCAAAAAGGAGUUUGGUAUAAUUUAGAAAAAAGAUGCCAUUUUCUUACGCAGUAAUAAAUUAAAAAGUGGAUAAAAUAGUUUCAAACAAUCGAUUUUCUAAUAAUUCGUAGAAAUAGUUUAUUUAUUCAGUUCUUUUAACGGAUUGCUUUCGCCUUAACUUUUGAUAUUGAUAACAUUUUGCGAAUCUCUGAAUAAACGACUGUUGCCAAAGCACUCUCUGAAUUAAAAGAUGACAACUGGAUUUUACCUGUUGUACAUGUAGCUGCUAUUGAUUUAAGAAGGUUCGCUCACGGUUUGGACUCAAGAUUCACACCACAAUCGGAUAGUUUUCGAAAUCAAGGAAGAAGGAUGGAAAAUGCUGCUCAACUUAUUUUAAGGCUAUUUCAAAUAUGUGCAAGCGAUAGUCGUGCACAAGUUGAAGAUUCGAAAAAACUGGGUAUGAUGGGUUUAGCCAAUCAACUGUUUAAAAUUUACUUCCAGAUUAACAAACUGAAUUUAUGCAAAUCUAUGAUCCGCGCAAUCGAUAAUUUAAGUAUGAAUGAUCAUUUUAGUCUGGCACAACGUGUAACGUAUUGUUAUUAUGUUGGAAGAAAAGCAAUGUUUGACGGUGAUUUUGUGUCUGCCGAUAAAUCACUGACUUUUGCUUUUGAGCGUUGUUUAAUGACGAAAUGGAAUAACAAACGUUUAAUAUUGAUUUAUUUAAUUCCUGUAAAAAUGUUACUGGGAGUACUACCCAAAGAAAGUCUUUUAUGUAAAUAUAAUUUGAAACAAUUCCAAGACAUUGCUGAUUCAGUCAAAACAGGAAAUUUACGUAAAAUGGACUCUGCCUUAGAAGAGCACGAAGCCUUUUUCCUAUCUUGUGGUGUAUAUCUGAUAUUGGAAAAGCUCAAGUUGACUGUUUAUCGAAGUUUAUUUAAACGAGUUUGUCAUAUUAUGAAGACACAUCUACUACCGAUUGAAGUGUUUACAGCUGCACUACAUUUAAUGGGAGUUGAAGAUAUAGAUCCAGACGAAACAGAGUGUAUUCUGGCCAAUCUCAUUCAUGAAGGAAAAAUCAAAGGUUAUCUGGCACAUCAACAACAUAAAUUAGUUGUUAGCAAAUUGCAACCAUUCCCUCCGCUUACAAGUAGUAUGGCUAGUAGUUUAAAAUGAACUUCUAUCCAUUAUAUUGGAUUAUGUCAUCAAUGUUACUAUUUUAUACAAACAAAUAUUUUGUACAAAGUUUACCAAAUCUAAUUGUAAAGUGUAUAAAUACAUUUUUUUCGUGAUCAGUGUUCUCUACUAUUGUUUGUUACUAUAGUUUAGUUGAUAUCAAAGAAGUGGAAUUUAGAUUGUUAAUUCGUGAAUUUAAAACCACUUCAGAGUUCACCUCUAAACAAUAUUUACAAAUCAAAGAAUCAUUUGUGAACUUUUACAUGAGUACCACGUAGUAUACUAUUAAUAUUACUGAAAUUUUUUAAGGACCGUAACAUUGUUUUUACUUUGGAUUCAG